AUGUUGCAGAAGGCCUUCGGUAAACAGGCCUCGUCGCAAAAAAAUACUUUCAAAUGGCAUAAAUUGUUCAAAGAAGGCAGAGAACGCGUUGAAGACGAAGAUCGCUCGGGACGACCAUCAACAUCAACUGAUGAGGAACACGUCAAGGAAAUCAAAGAUCUUGUGCUGAAAAAUCGUCGAUUGACAAUCAGAGACCUUGUAGAUAUUACUGGCAUUUCAUUUGGAUCAAUUCAAACAAUUUUGAAAGAUCAUUUAGGUCUCCGUCGUUGUGCAGCUCGAUUGGUACCAAAAACAUUGAAUUUAUUCGAAAAAGAGCGUCGUGUUAAUGUGUGUCAAGAAAUGAUUUCGGACUCAUAUCGUUCCGCAACCUGCAUAUUCGCCCGAUUUGGCACCGUGUGA